UCGUACCUGAAAGUAAUGAUCGUAUGGAACAUACUUUGUGUAUCCCUGGUGAUCCUUUCACUGUCCUUGAUUCAAGAAGUGUCUUCUGAAGCAGCCUCCUGCAGAGGACGUUGCUUUGAAGUCUUCGAAAGAGGAAGAGAAUGUGAUUGUGACAAAGACUGUGAAAGAUAUGGCAAAUGUUGCCCAGAUUAUGCAAAUCACUGUAAAAAGGCACACACAAAAAAGCCACCACCUGAGACUCUCCCAGCAAACAAAUUAACAUCUAAGAGGUCAUCAGUAAAUGAGGAAAAGAAGCCAGAGGAAGUAACACAGCCCCAUGAAGUUAUGGAAGAUACUGAGAGUGGACUGGAAAACAAGGUGAUCACUCCUACACCAACUAAAAAACACCCUGAUACAACCACACCAAUCAAAGCAACUACAUCUAGUCCAAAACCCAGUUCACCAACUACUGCAACUACUACCACAAAAGCAACUACUACCAAAGAGAACACUGUGGCUCAGAAAGACACCCCUGUGACAACAGCGGAACCAACGACCAAGGCGGACUCUCCCACCACACCCAAGCCUGAAGACACAACCCAUGAGACCACAGAGGCACCAACAACCAAGGCAGACCCUACCAUCACCCCUUCAGAAGCAGAGAUGACUCCUGAGGCCACGGAGGAACCAAUGACUGAAGCUGACUCUCCCACCAACCCCACCCCUGAAGACACAACACCAGAAGCCACAGAGGCACCAACAACCAGGGCAGACUCUCCCACCACCCCCAAACAUGAAGACACAACAGCUGAGGUGCCAACAACCAAGGCAGAGUCUCCCACCACCCCCAAACCUGAAGACACAACCCCAGAGGCACCAACAACCAAGGCAGACUCUCCCACAACUCCUAAGGUUGAAGACAUGACUCCUGAGGCCACGGAGGAACCAGUGACUGAAGCUGACUCUCCCACCACAUCCAAACCUGAAGACACAACCCCAGAGGCACCAACAACCAAGGCAGACUCUCCCACAACACCCAAACCUGAAGACACAACCCCAGAUGUACAAACAACCAAGGCAGAGUCUCCCACCACUCCCAAACCUGAAGACACAACCCCAGAGGCACCAACAACCAAGGCAGAGUCUCCUACCACCCCCAAACCUGAAGACACAACCCCAGAGGCCACAGAGGCACCAACAACCAAGGCAGACUCUCCCACAACUCCUAAGACUGAAGACAUGACCCCUGAGGUCACGGAGGAACCAAUGACUGAAGCUGACUCUCCCACCACAUCCAAACCUGAAGACACAACCCCAGAGGCCACAGAGGCACGAACAACCAAGGCAGACUCUCCCACAACUCCUAAGGUUGAAGACAUGACUCCUGAGGCCACGGAGGAACCAGUGACUGAAGCUGACUCUCCCACCACCCCCAAACCUGAAGACACAACCCCAGAAGCCACAGAGGCACCAACAACCAAGGCAGACCCUCCCACAACUCCUAAGGUUGAUGAUAUGACUCCUGAGGCCACGGAGGAACCAGUGACUGAAGCUGACUCUCCCACCACAUCCAAACCUGAAGACACAACCCCAGAGGCACCAACAACCAAGGCAGACUCUCCCACCACAUCCAAACCUGAAGACACAACCCCAGAGGCACCAACAACCAAGGUAGACUCUCCCACAACUCCUAAGACUGAAGACAUGACUCCUGAGGCCACGGAGGAACCAGUGACUGAAGCUGACUCUCCCACCACAUCCAAACCUGAAGACACAACCCCAGAGGCACCAACAACCAAGGCAGACUCUCCCACAACACCCAAACCUGAUGAUACAACCCCAGACAUACAAACAACCAAGGCAGAGUCUCCCACCACAUCCAAACCUGAAGACACAACCCCAGAGGCACCAACAACCAAGGCAGACACUCCCACCACCCCCAAACCUGAAGACACAACCCCAGAGGCACCAACAACCAAGGCAGACUCUCCCACAACUCCUAAGACUGAAGACAUGACUCCUGAGGCCACAGAGGAACCAGUGACUGAAGCUGACUCUCCCACCACCCCCAAACCUGAAGACACAACCCCAGAGGCACCAACAACCAAGGCAGACUCUCCCACAACACCCAAACCUGAUGAUACAACCCCAGACAUACAAACAACCAAGGCAGAGUCUCCCACCACAUCCAAACCUGAAGACACAACCCCAGAGGCACCAACAACCAAGGCAGACACUCCCACCACCCCCAAACCUGAAGACACAACCCCAGAGGCACCAACAACCAAGGCAGACUCUCCCACAACUCCUAAGACUGAAGACAUGACUCCUGAGGCCACGGAGGAACCAGUGACUGAAGCUGACUCUCCCACCACAUCCAAACCUGAAGACACAACUCCAGAGGCACCAACAACCAAGGCAGACUCUCCCACAACACCCAAACCUGAAGAUACAACCCCAGACAUACAAACGACCAAGGCAGAGUCUCCCGCCACCCCCAAACCUGAAGACACAACCCCAGAGGCACCAACAACCAAGGCAGAGUCUCCCACCACAUCCAAACAUGAAGACACAACCCCAGAGGCACCAACAACCAAGGCAGACUCUCCCACAACUCCUAAGACUGAAGACAUGACUCCUGAGGCCACAGAGGAACCAGUGACUGAAGCUGACUCUCCCACCACAUCCAAACCUGAAGACACAACCCCAGAGGCACCAACAACCAAGGCAGACUCUCCCACAACACCCAAACCUGAAGACACAACCCCAGACAUACAAACAACCAAGGCAGAGUCUCCCACCACCCCCAAACCUGAAGACACAACCCCAGAGGCACCAACAACCAAGGCAGACACUCCCACCACCCCCAAGCCUGAUGAUACAACCCCAGAGGCACCAACGACCAAGGUAGAGUCUCCCACCACCCCCAAACCUGAUGACACAACUCCAGAGGUGCCAACGACCAAGGCAGAGUCUCCCACCACAUCCAAACCUGAAGACACAACCCCAGAGGCACCAACAACCAAGGCAGAGUCUCCCACCACAUCCAAACCUGAAGACACAACCCCAGAGGCGCCAACAACCAAGGCAGAGUCUCCCACCGCACCCAAAUCUGGAGACACAUCCACAGAGGCCCUGACAACCAAGGCAGAAUCUCCCACCACCCCCAAAGCUGAGCUCACAACCCCAGAGGCAAUAACAACCAAGGCAGGUUCUCCCACCACCCCCAAACCUGAAGAUAGCACCCCAGAGGCACCAGCAACCAAGGCAAACUCUCCCACCCUGCCGAAGAUCAAGGGUACUCCUCCUGAAGCCACUGAGGCUGACACCACUGCCAUACAGAAGAGAACACUUACUGAAGUGACAACUACUUCCCCUGGAUUAGUAACAACUGCUGAAAAAGCCAUGACCACUCAAAGCAGCAAGGUGUUCACAACAACUAAGAAGGAAACACCCGUACCUGAAGCAGACAUAAUGGUUUCAGAAACAAAAGCAGAGAAGAAAAUGACAACUCUUGCACCCAAAGUAGCAACCAGUACAACUGCAAAAGACGGGACUACAGCAGUACAAAGGAUAGUUGUGCCUGCAGCUGGGACUACUGAGAUUGUAACAAUAACUGAUAAAAAAGACAAAACAACAGCUAACACUGUUAGUACACCUAUAAAUGAAGAGCAGACGAGUAAAUUAGAAACAACCACGGUGAACAAAGAGAUAACAACGCCCAAGAAAGACAAAACUACUCUGCUUAACGACAUUUUAAUAACAUCAAGUAGGAAAAACGCAUCUACUGUAGCUACAGGAGGAACACAUAAACCAGGUGACUCUCUGAAAGGUAAGGACAAUAUUCCAAAUACAACUCCUACAGCCAAGCAAGCUGUCACUACAGCAGCUGAAUCAGAAGGAAGUACUGCAGACAAAAAGACUGCAACAAUGGCUGCAGAAAAAGAAGCAACCCCAGCUAAACAAGACAAGAUCCCCAUACCAAAAGAGACUUUAACAGCUAAAAACGAAGAAAGCCCUGUGGGACCAGCAACUGUAACAGCAGCAGCUGCAGCAGCUACAACUCCCAUGCCCAAGCCCACUGUGUUGACAGCAACUGCCAAAACGGGUUCAACUGCUAAACCCAGGGAGAUUGUAAGGGACACAACUAUGGAAACUAAGCAGACUGUAACAGCAGCAGCUAAAGAGAGCACAAGUACUACGUGUGUUGUUGUAGGUACAACAACAGCUGGUAAAAAAGAGGUAGUACCCAGCAAAGAAACUAGCAUCACACCUGAAAAAGAAAUGGAAGGUGCCACUGACAAGACCCCCAGUAUUGACAAGGAAGAGGAAACUACAGUUACCAAAGAAUCCACUACAAGAGGUAAAAAAGAUACAAUAGAAGAAAUGUUUAUUGUUUCUAAAGGGACAUCCAAGCCAACUAUACAUUUCCAGGAAGUUACUGACACAAGAGAAGAGCCUCAUCCAUCGGACCCUGAAACUCUGCCAGUAAAAGAAGAGCCUGAGAUAAACAACAAGCCUCUAAUACAAACUUUGGACUUGCCAAUUUUAACUAGAGAAUCACAAGAGAAGGACCUGUGCAUCGGGAAGCCGGCGGACGGCAUGCUGGCCCUCCCAAACGGCACCCUGGCCGUCUUCCGAGGUCACUACUACUGGCUGCUGAACGGCAGGAGCCCACCAACGACCAGCCCCCGCCGGAUCAGCGAUGGCUGGGGCAUCCCGUCACCCAUUGAUGCCGUCUUCACCAGGUGCAACUGCGAUGGCAAGACCUUCUUUAUCAAGGGUCCCCUAUACUGGCGUUUCACUAACGGCGUUAUGGAUAAAGGCUAUCCCAAACCUCUUGCGAAUGGAUUUGCAGGGCUAAGUGGGAAAAUAGUAGCAACCCUCCCUGUGGCAAGAUACAACAACAGACCAGAAUCUGUUUAUUUUAUCAAAAAAGAUGGCAACAUGCAACAGUAUGUGUACAGACAAGAACCAGUCAAGAAGUGUCAAAGAAGAACCCAGCUUACCGUAAGAUAUCCAGCUUAUGUCCCAAGGCUUGUAAUACGGAGACGCUUUCAACGUGCAGUACAAAUGCCAACCGUUAUUCAGACUGUCAGAGUCAACCCAUAUCCAUCUGGAGUUUUGCGUAAGGAAAUCAAAAUGACUGCCUACUGGAGAGGGCUCCCAAAAGUAAUUCAUUCAACUAUAUCACUACCGAACUACAAUAAGCCAGAUGGCUAUGAUUAUUAUGCCUUCUCCUACAAUCGGUACUACAGUUUGGAUGUCGGCAAAAGAAUAGCAAGACCUGUUACCGCUCUCACAGGAAAGACUGUAUCCAAAGACUGGUACAACUGUCCUAGCAAGUGA